AUGACUCGAUAUUGGUGGAGUAAGGGUGCUGAUCAAAAUCGUGGUAUUCACUGGCUGGGUUGGCAUAGAAUGGCGAAGCACAGACUGGACGACGGGUUAGGAUUUAAAUCGCUCAAUGAGUUUAACUUAGCCAUGCUUGGUAAGCAGGGUUGGAAUAUUAUUACCAGGCCUCAUUCUUUAGUGACCCGCGUUCUUAAGACUCGUUAUUUUCCGACAACGUCUUUUUUUGAAACUUCUUUGGGCCACAAUCCUAGCUUUUUCUGGCGUAGUAUAUUGGCGUUUCGAAAUCUAGUUAAAGCUGGUGCUUAUUGGAGAAUUGGGAAUGGCAGGUCAGUUUCUAUUUGGUCUCACCCUUGGUUGAAAAAGGCGCUCGACUCAUUGGUUUCUACACCCCCUCCUCCGAAUUGUACUCUUUCUGUUGUUGCAGAUCUUAUGAUCAGCCAUAGAUGGAAUGAGAGUUUAAUAGCUCAGUUGUUCAAUGACAGAGAUAGGAGUUGUAUUUUGAACAUCUCUCUAAGUCUUUCUUCGCACCCAGAUGUUUGUUGCUGGUUGAGUUUGCCUUUCGGUUGGCCUGCAUUCUCCGCUGCCUCUCUUAGGGAGUGGUUCUCUUUAGCCUUCAUUACUGCUUCUACGGAGAAUGCUUCCCUGAUUCUAAUGAUAUAUUGGGCUUUGUGGCAUAACAGAAAUAAUGUUGUUUGGAAAGCUCAGGGUCGAACUGCGAGUGGUGGUUGGAUUAAGGUUAAUAUUGAUGCCUCUUUAAACUCGCAACGAAGUUCAUUAGGUUUCGGCUGUGUAGUCCGAGAUGCUAAUGGUAGAUUUAUGGUAGCUAAAGCAGGCUGUUUUUACAGUCAGAUGGAGGUUAAGUGUGCUGAGACAAUUGCUUUUCGAGAGGCGUUGAGCUGGAUUAAAGAGUGCGGAUGUGAUCGAGUUCUUUUCGAAUCGGAUGCUCAGAUUCUUGUUGUGUCCAUUAACAAUGUUUCGUUAGAUAAUUUAUCACCUUUUGGUCUUUUGGUUCAAGAUUGUAAAUUACUUCUAUCCAGUUAUGAAGAAGCAAGAUAUGGUUUUAUUCAUAGGUCUGCGAAUAAUGUGGCUUAUGUUCUAAUAACAUCGGCUCAUUCUGAAUCAGGUCAAGGAGUUUGGGUUAAUAUCCCUCCUCCUCAUAUAGUUUCUUUGAUCGUUUUGAGUUAA